UCUUGAAGUCCAGAAUUGUGUGUGAAAAAGGAAACAUAAUGAGUUUGGUCUUUUAUUGUGAAAUCGUAGAAGGAAACAGCUGGAGGUUAAAGGUUACUUGAUAACGAGAAGCGCCCCGUUUGCGUGCGUGUACGCGUGUAAGUGUAUGAGUGUGUGUGUGUGUGUGUUUACUCUCGGUCCUCCGCCUCCACCCGCCAGUCUGCUGCUGCUGCUCACUCACAGCGGAGCUCCCACGCCGAGGAGGCGGACCGACUGUAGCGACACCUCGGCCAGCGGUGCCGGGUCACAGCGCUGCUGGAAGGGUGCGGGGCUGCUGCCGCUCUUCGUGCCCUUCCCUCCGAAACAUAGUGCUCUUCUGCUCGCGCUGUUUUUUGGGGAGGAAGUGGACCCAGCAUCCCCGGAGCGUCCUGGACUAGUUUGCGCGGCAGAGACCAACCCUCUCCCCCGAAGCUGCGCUCUCCACUUGCGUUCACUCUCCGACAUGGAAGAUGGUCCGUCUUCGACAAGCUGUUUCAGAAGGUUAACGGACUGCUUCCUGGGUGCAAGCUUGACGGAUGAGAAAGUGAAGGCCUACCUCUCUCAGCACUCGCAGAUGCUGGAUGACUUUGUGUUGGAGAGUGUGAGUGCAGAGACGUUGGACAGAUGGCUGAAGAGGAAGACGAGCAGCAAGUCUGCAGAUGACACAUCGUCCAAAGAAGUCAGCAGGCAGUACCAGGAUACGAACAUGCAGGGUGUGGUGUACGAACUCAACAGCUACAUGGAGCAGCGGCUAGACACUGGAGGAGACAACAAACUCUUGCUCUAUGAGCUGUGCAACAUCAUCAAAACAGCAACAAAAGCUGACGGAUUUGCACUUUACUUUUUGGGAGAAUGCAACAAUAGUUUAUGUUUGUUCACGCCAACGGGGGCCAACGGCGGCCCUCCAAGCCUCAUCCCCUCGGGUCCCAUCGCUUUUGGGACGACGAUCGCAGCUCACGUUGCCAAAACUCGCAAAACUUUGCUAGUAGAGGACGUCACCGGGGACGAGCGCUUCCCCGAAGGCACAGGGCAGGACUCAGGGAUCCAUGUUCACUCUGCACUGUGCCUCCCCAUCCUCACUGCCAUCGGGGAUCUCAUCGCCAUCCUGGAGCUGCAUCGACACUGGGGCAAGGAACCCUUCAACCUCAGCCAUCAGGAGGUUGCUACAGCUAACCUAGCAUGGGCGUCGGUUGCCAUUCAUCAAGUACAGGUGUGCAGAGGCCUGGCCAAGCAAACUGAGCUCAACGACUUCCUUCUAGACGUGUCAAAAACAUACUUUGAUAACAUUGUGGCAAUAGAUUCUCUACUUGAACAUAUUAUGAUAUAUGCAAAAAACCUGGUGAACGCAGACAGGUGCGCACUUUUCCAGGUUGAUCACAGCAACAAAGAACUGUAUUCUGACCUGUUCGACAUCGGCGAGGAGAAAGAAGGAAAACCUGUCUUUAGAAAAACCAAAGAAAUUAGGUUUUCUAUAGACAAGGGAAUAGCUGGUCAGGUGGCCCGGACAGGGGAAGUCUUAAACAUCCCAGAUGCCUAUGCAGACCCGCGAUUCAACCGAGAGGUGGACCUCAAAACCGGCUACACGACGCGGAACAUCCUGUGCAUGCCCAUCGUGAGCCGGGGGACUGUUAUCGGCGUGGUGCAGAUGGUGAACAAGUUAAGCGGAAGUGCCUUCACUAAAACUGACGAGAACAACUUUAAGAUGUUUGCUGUCUUCUGUGCUCUGGCCUUACACUGUGCAAAUAUGUACCACAGGAUCCGACACUCUGAGUGCAUCUAUAGAGUCACGAUGGAAAAACUGUCCUAUCACAGCAUCUGCACGUCAGAGGAGUGGAAGACCCUCAGCCAGCUCAACCUCCCUGCACCAAUUUACAAGGAGAUCGAGACGUUUCACUUUGACAUCAGUCCCUUUGAGGAGAUCUGGCCUGCAGUCUUUAUCUACAUGGUUCACAACUCCUGUGGGAAGAGCAGUUUUGAGCUGGAGAAGCUCUGUCGCUUCACCAUGUCUGUACGGAAGAACUACCGGCGUGUUCCCUACCACAACUGGAAGCAUGCGGUGACUGUGGCCCACUGUAUGUACGCCAUCUUGCAGAAGACCCCUGAGACCUUCACAGAGUUAGAGAAGAAAGGUCUGCUGAUUGCCUGCCUGUGUCACGACCUGGACCACCGAGGUUACGGCAACACCUACCUGCAGAAGUUUGACCACCCACUGGCUGCUCUCUACUCCACGUCCACCAUGGAGCAGCACCACUUCUCCCAGACGGUCUCCAUCCUGCAGCUGGAAGGGCACAAUAUUUUCUCCAACCUGAAUUCCAGCGAGUAUGAACAGGUGCUGGAGAUCAUCCGCAAGGCCAUCAUCGCCACCGACCUGGCCCUCUACUUCAACAACCACCAGCAGCUCUCUGACCUUCUGACCUCAGGAGCGCUGGACUUGAACAACCACACUCACCGGGACCGCGUGAUUGGUCUGAUGAUGACGGCGUGCGACCUGUGUUCCGUCACCAAGCAGUGGAGCAUCACGCGACUCACGGCCAACGACAUCUACGCAGAAUUCUGGGCUGAGGGGGACGAGAUGAAGAAGAUUGGGAUGCAACCGAUGCCCAUGAUGGACCGAGACAAGAAGGAUGAGGUUCCCCAAGGCCAAGUGGGAUUCUACAAUUCUGUUGCAAUACCCUGUUACACAACGCUGGCACAGCUCUUUCCUCCGUCCAGCCCGCUUCUGAACGCCUGCAAGGAAAAUCUGGGCCAGUGGGAGAAAAUAGCACAGGGGGAGGUGGAGGACAUCUUGCCCAGCAGACCGUCCCAUUCAGGUCCUGUCAAAGUGGACAAUUGACCCCCUGAGGGUCUGCCGCCCUCCAAAGGAGCACGGUCGGAAUUCCGUCUGACAUUUGGGAGGGAGUCGAAGGAAGCAGCCUGCUUCCUGGAUCCAUUGAAGGUGACCUUGAAAACGCAGUUACCUCACCGGGUGACUAUCACUGACUGUUCCUCCGUCCCAGAGACUGACCGCCAGCCGACGCAGAGGGGCCCCGGACCCCUCUCCCCGCGCCCCAUUCAGCCUGGGAGGCCCUUUCAGUUGAUCUGUCCGUUCGCUAUAGUCUCGCUCUUCAUUUCGGUCUUGACUUGAGAGGCCUUACUCCGGACCUUCCCUGGAAGUGUCCAGGCUUUUUCCUUUGAAACGGUACUGUUUGCCUUGUACUACUACAAUGAGGCGUUACCACAGACAGAAGGAAUGUGUAGCGCAGACGUCCUCUUGUGAAUGGGGGACGACAGAAUGUUUGAAAUCCUUUGCAGUACUUGAAUAUAUAUACAGCCUAUACUAAGCGGAGAUAUUAUUGUACAAGAACUUAAAUAAUAUAUUCCAAGAGCGUCAUCACAGAAGAACCCGUCUCACAGCUCCCGUGACACCUGACAAACUUCCACCGACCAAACAAACUCUGACUGUUUCUGAAUUCGUCCACGCUAGUGUGAACUAUGAUCGUGUCUCGCCCUCCCACCGUCGUCAUUGUCAUCCAUCAGAUAAAGAUGUGAGUCCAGGAUUGUUUUAAAGAUGCAGACAGCUUAAUGGACUCAACAGUGUUGAGGAUUUCUUACGAAAGUACGAGCAUUUUGUUCAUUCAUUUUCCUUCACUUGUUUCCACCACGGCUUCCAGGCUGCUUGCGGCGCCAGCUAGGUAUCUCAGUCGACAGUCCAUCACAGGACACACACAGAUCUGUUCUUUGGGAAGAACCUUGAGUGUCCACAGAGAGAACAUAAAAAUAAAGCCACACAGAAGGAACAAUAUUUGCUGCACCUCAAACCUGGAUAUGAACCCAUGUUCGUCUAGCCGUGUAGCUCACUCCCAUUGAUUCAUGCACUGAACUCCAGCAGCCACUCUCCACAGUGGCAGCAAUACUCGCACAGAUCUGGAUUUUUGGCAUUGCAUAUCCAUAAUAGCACCGUAUUGAAAAGCUCUGACAACUCUUUAUGUGUUUCAAAGCUCCAUCCAAUUUUAACCUGCUCCUUAACCUGGUGCUCUGCCACUGACAGAGACAGAAUCCAGAAAUCUGCCCAAUAUUUCCAAAUACAUCACCAGACAGCUGGCUGCAUCUUUAACUAUCUUCAGUAGGACAUCUGAAGUGACUAUGUUUUUGUUCUUUUUUUAUUUUAUCACAAGGCUACAGGACCAACCACAGACAUAAAUUUAGACCAGGUUUUAUUAUUAGUUUUUUUAGUAGUAGUAAUAGUGAUAGCGGUAAUAUCUUUUUAAAUUUUUUUUUUUGUAUUUUCUUCUUAUUUUUUCUAUAUAUUUUUUUUCUUCUCAUAUAACAUAAUACUUUUUAACUUUUAUUGAGCACCUUUUCAACUUUAUUUCUAGUGAUAGAGUUUUUGUUUUUUCCCCCAGCUAGAUUGAUUUGAUGCUCCAACUUAGCCAUUUUUUAUCAUUCUUUUUUUUUCCGAACUCAUUAUUGAGGUCAACUAUUUUUUUAUACAUAUAUCAAAGAGAAACAAAAUUACAAGGUCACUGUGUCUCACUGUGUGUAGCAACAAUCAAUUUUCAUAAUUUCACAGUUUUAAAAAAUUGUCAUCGCUGUCACAAACAAAACAAUAUGACUCUCCAGUAAACCCAAGGCUUUACAUUACAUGUCACAUGAACUUGUGUGAUUUAAGAGCGAUAUUCUUUGAUAGUAAACUCUCGGUUCUGUCAGGUGUGAAGGCUGUGACGUGUGUCUGACGCUGUAGAAUAUGAUCCUGAAGUAACACGUCACUGCAUUCAUCUUUAUUUCCAAAAACUCCUCCAACAUCACUCGCCUUCCAAGAUCUUCCAAAAAAGAAAAAGCCUCUCCAGUCAUUCCAGUGUCGGCUCAUGUCCCCCCCCCACAAAAACAUGCACUUCUGCUUUGGGUCAAUGUUGCACCAUGUGAGCGACUUCCUCUUCCGUCGGCUUGUGCGCCUUGUUUUUGUUUAACUGCAACGGUGAAACUCUUCAAUCCAGAUGCGAGUUUGUGCGCUGAUGGUGCUAAAACUGAUGGCAGUUGUGCACUCUGUGUGUGACUGUGGUCACUGUGUGUUUGCAUGUGUGUGCGUGUGUGUGCGCUUGAGAAGGUGUGUGCAACUCGCAACACCCCCCCACCCCCACCCCCACAUGGAAAGGUCCAUUACACUGCACUGCCCCCCACCCCCACCCUCCGUCAGCACCAGUUAUAUUGUCUGCACUAUGUUCAGCUUAUGAUCUUUAUCAUUCUUAUUAUUGCUAUUAUGACUAUUGUUAUUUUCUGAAUUACUCUUAAAUUUAAAUUAACUUAUAUUUUUUUAUACAAAGAAGAAUAUUGUCCAUUUUCCUUUUGUAAAAAAAAAAAAACGGAACAGCCUCCAUGUGCCGCUGUUCCGCAGAAGAAUUGAGGAAUGUUCAAAUGUAUAUGUAAGAGCAGUAGCCCAAAUGACUUUUAUUAAAUAUAAC